GCGUUCCCCGAUCCUGAUAUUACAAAUAACAAGUGCGUUAUAACAUUUGACAUUUCUCUAAAAUCAAGCCAUUGAAACUCUUUCAAUUAUGUAAUUAUUAUCUUAUACUAACUUUAACGCACCGUGGUCAAAGGCUUAUGUGGCUGUGACAAGUUAUACUUGGAUCUACCGGACUGUGAUUAAUGCUACUAGUUUCCUGUGAGGUUGGAAGAAAACGUGUCGAUCAGCCACUGAGCCACAACAUAGGAACCUGCACCGCAUUAAUAAAAACCCAACAAUGAAGACAACUUGGAUCUGUCAGUUGGCUGCUUUUGCAUUGAUUGCCAUUAUAUCUGUAUCUUGUAAUGGCGAGAAGAAGGAGAAACGGUUGCAGAUUGGUGUGAAGAAGAGGGUUGAUCCAGACAAGUGCAAAAUAAAAUCUAAGAAGGGAGAUACUCUUAGUAUGCACUACACUGGUACACUGAGUGAUGGAACUGAGUUCGACAGCAGUAUACCUCGUGGAUCCCCCUUCACGUUUACACUUGGGGCUAAUCAAGUCAUCAAAGGCUGGGAUCAGGGACUUAUGGGGAUGUGUGAAGGAGAGAUGAGGAAACUUGUUAUCCCUGCUAACCUGGGCUAUGGUGAACGUGGAGCCCCACCCAAGAUUCCUCCCAACAGUGAACUUGUGUUUGAAGUUGAGCUACUGAAAAUCGACCGCAAAGACGAGCUGUGAAAAGUGAGACUAUGAUGUCUAUGAAGUAAUGUGUUGAAAGGGACUGUGAGAAUUUUGAGAUGUAACAGGGCGAACUAAUUUGAUGUGUAGGUUUGGUGUGUGUGGUUGUAUUUGGUAUCAUUCUAAAAUACAGUUUCAUAACGGUAUAUGUUAUGUAUUUUAAUCCUUAAUAGUGUAAAAGACAUGUAUAUCCGAAGUAAGUGGUACUUGAUCAUGACAGGUUGACAUCAAUAUUACAGUAAUGAUUGACCUCAAAUUUAUAUGGCCAGCUGACAAAUAUUAAUGCAAAUAAAAAAUUUACACAAAUAUACAGCAGUAUUGUUUCUGAUAGCAUGAAUGUUUGAAACUACAGUGUGUAAUCACAUUCAAGGCUUUUAUUGGUCACUUUGGACUUCCAGUGCUUUUUUGUUUGUCAAAUUACAAGCAUCUAUGACUAUACACAAAGACUCAUUUCAGAUGGCUUUAUUUAGCAGUGGUGGCCACAGAUGUGAAGCAAAGACUGGGUUGCAUAAAAAUGUCUACAGAGCAGGAAUAAAACAGCCCUUGUGAAAAUUGUUACGUUCUUGAAGAACAAGGUUUUGCAGUUUUAGAUCUUUGAAUUGUGAACAAUUUACAUAACAGUAAAUCAUAGUAGAAAAGUGCCUGGAAAUUAUUCUACUGCUUGGAAGUUCAUGUACCUUGUUUUUCAAUGGAAAAUUCAGGAUGUCUUUUCCAUAUCACAAAUGGAAUUUUUAGGACUGAGAAUCCUCGAAAUUCAAGGUUUUACACCAUGCUGUCUACACUAAUGGACUAUGUCAUGACAAAAUCAAAGGUACACAGCCAUUUUUGAUUGGUUUCAGGCAAAACAAUUUUACAAAUGGCUAGGCUGAUACCUGUUCUUCAAAGCUUUCAGGGGAGUGAUCCCCGACUUCAAAGUCCAUCAAUUUGACCAUUAUGCUGGCGCACAAUUCUUUCCAUGUACAUCAAAGUAUCAAACAAAUCUACUUGGAUCUUCUAGAAUGUGGCACUUAAAGAGCCUUCAGUUUCUCAUGACAUACUCCAGGGGUGCAGGGAACAACAGUGUAACCUCUGGAAUUUUGAGGAUCGGGUUUGGAUUCCAAUUUGAUAAAUGCUGUAAUCCACAUGAUCAAAUUCACUACCUACAUUGUAUGGUGAACCGAGGGUUGUAAUGUAUCUGUGCGUGUCCAUCAAGUAUGAGCUGCUUGAUUUGGGAACAUGUAACUAUUAGUAUGUGGUUGAAAUGGAAAUAUGUGAUCAAUUACUGUAUAUCAUUAGUCCAUUUCAGUUUGAUUUUACACAUAAAAUCAUUACUGAAUCAUGUACACGUCGGUUAAAAUCAUGUCGGGUAUGCGAGACUUGUGCAGAUUGUUUUGUAGAAUAAUAAAAGAAAUUUCUACUUUC